UUGUCGAAUUAAUUUUUUAACUAAUUUUUUUGGUGCAUGCAAUUGAGGUUUUGAUUAUCUUUGAUAAUGCUGUAUUUUGUAUUUGGAUUAUGAUAAUAGUACUCAUAAUACUCAUUUUAUUGACACCUUAUUUUAAAAGUUUUUUUUUUUGUGGGUUCUUUUGGUAUUUUGUGGAAUUGAAUGCCAUAUUUAAAGGGUUUAAUCUUAUAUGAACAAAUAGCAUACUGAUACUAUUACUAAUACUUUAAAUAUUUCAGAACUCGAAUUAGAACUCGAACUUAGAAUGUGAAACAUGUCUUGCUGGAUGAUACUAAUAGUUGACUGUUGUUAAGAGUAUUAAGACUGAAGAAAUGAUAAGCUUUUUGGGAUUAUAGAUAUUUAGUCCAUUGGAUGAACCACAAUCAUAUACUUGUAUGAAGCACUUUUAAUUUACAAGUACUAAUUUCAUUGGAUUUAUUGUCUUCCCUCUCAACAAUGUUUGUGCUCUGUUAAACUAGUCAAGUGGCUAUGCUAAAAUGAAUUACUUUGCUAUCCCAAAACACGUAAACGGGCACAUCAUUAGAAAUUAUUUUGUGUUGGUGCUGAUGACUAUUGAGUUUGUGCUCCAAAAGUUUAUACAUUCCUUAAGUUAGGAUAUUUGAAUUCCAAAUGUAGUUGAUUAAUAUUAAGGAACAAGAACUUAGGAUCCCUAGCAUGUUUGUAAUCAUGCCCAUCACCUAGUAAAGUACCCUUUCUAAAGUGGAUUUAUAUACUGCCAUUAUCAUCACUCGCUUGUUGCUUAUCUAAAGGUUGCUAUGGGGUAGGACGCAAUAGAGAGGGAUGAUAAUGAAUGCAUUUUAUAUUUUCACCCAAAUCUAAUAUUGGGCAAAUUGGCUUUUGAGUUGCUCAAUUUUUUUUGUAAAAAUACUAAAAUGAUGCAAUUUAGUAAUGGAGUUGAGAAAUAACCUUUGAGGUUCAUCAAGGGCCUAUAUGAGUGGAAGAAGCAGUGCUUUUGUGCUGGUGGGGGAAUGCUGUUCAUCCAAUCUUGUUUGUCUAUUUAUGCUAUAUAUAUAAGUUUUAAUCUAUGCCUGUUCAGAAUUUCUAUGGCAUAUGCAACUUUGCAAGUAAGAUUGAGAGGUUAAUGAUGGAAUAUCGUGGUUUGGGUCUAGUGAUGUGAGGAGGACCAUUUGGUGGGGUGGGAUUAGUGCGUCCUCUGAAGAUGGCUGAAGGAGGUUUGCUUAUUGGAAGACUAAUGCCUAUACGAAUAGUGAAAUUUAUUUUAUGCAACAAAGUUUCUCAAACUGCAUCAAUAAUAGCCCUUUUGCUUUUUCAGAAAAAAAAAUCUGUUGGUUUUGCAGUGUGAAAGACUUACCAAAGCUCAUGAUAAAAUAACAAAUGAAUAAAGCAAGUAUGUUCUAUCUGGAGGUGGCAAACGUGUUGCAUCUGUCAUGUUCGUGCUGGAAGUUAAACGGGUCGGGAAACCUUAACACUAACCCAACCCAUUUAAUAAUGUCGUGUUGACUCAUUUAAUUAAAUGUAUAAGAAACUCUUGACAAUAACCCACUUUUUUCAUGUCCGAUUCGCUAUGUUACAUGGACUCGGGAAUGGGUGUCGGACACGGAUCCAUGUCCAAGUGUCCUAGAAUUUUAGGACACGGGGACUCUGUGCGAUAUUUGGACACGGGUACGGGGACACGUCAAUACACAGUUAAAUAUAUAUAAAUAAAUUAUAUAUUACAAAAGCUUUAAAUUUUUCAUCAUGUCUACCCCUAUUUUUUUUAAAAAUAAUUCUUUCCUUGGUAAAUUCUCCUAAUAAAUGGCAAUUUUCUCCUCUUCAUCUUAUCUAUAUUAAUGGUGGUUUUCGAACCAGAUAUGUUUUUCUUUCAUGUUUCUUCUCUUUUUUCCUCUCCUCUCUUAAUGGAAGUGUCCGAGUGCCAAGUGAAGGACCGGACACGUGUUCCGUGUCAGUGAAGUGUCAUGUCAUUAUGUUUGCUAUACGGAAAAGUGUAAGGCCCAUUCUACAUAAUUGUUAUUAAUCCAUAAAAUAUUGGGGUUUUUUCUUUUCUCAAGUAGAUUGAGUCGUGUUAAUUUCGUGUUGGGAAUUUCAACACUAACUUGACCUAUUUAAUUAAUUAUGUCGUGUCGUGUUGACCCGUUAAAUAAAACGUGUCGUAGCCCCUUGACACUAACCCAAUUUUUUCGUGUCUAGUUCACUUGCAAGCUCUAUUUCUCUUUGGUAAUGUAACCCUUUUGAUCUAAAUAUGCAUUUAAACAGAAAUGAAGCUUGGAAUUAUGUAAUUUUAGUUGUGUUUGAUAACUAUUAUACAUAAAGGUUGGGACUGUUCUAGCGUUCUUAGUUGGCUUGUUUUGAUGUGCAAAAAUAUUUUAUCUAUACUUUGUAAUUAAAAUCACAAACCACAAAUUAAUCAUAUGCCACAUGUCACCACAAAUCACUUUUAUACCACAUGUCACCACAAAUCACUUUUAUACCACAUGUCACCACAAAUCACUUAUAUACCACAUGUCACUACAACUUACUUAUAUGCCACAUAUCACCUCUCUUAAUAUUUCCUUUUUAUAUUCUCUUAAAUAAUUUUUUUUAAACAAAAAGUUUAAUAAUGCUCAAGUCUUUAUGCAUUCCAUAGCUUACAAAUUUAAGUACGAAUAUAAAGUGUUUCAUUUCCACCAUAAUAUAAUAAGGGCCACUUCACUUCGCUUCAGCUCUAAUCAGUUCAGUUCAGUUCCUAAUUUCCUUCUCUCAUAAAAUGUUCAGUUUAGUCCAAUAAAUGUGAACAUACCCUAAAACAAUAGUGCACGUUACAUAAACAUAUGAAGUGCAAUAAUUCUUUUCAUCUCCAUCUUAAACGUAAAAUAUAACUUCAAUCAUAUGUCAUUUUAUAUAUUAUUACUUAAAAUAUAAUUUGAUUCCUUUCAUCUUCUUUGACAUUUCCACCCUCAUUAUUUUUUUUUUCAAACUUAGCUCUUAAUAUUUCAUUUUUUAUAUUUCCUUUGUUAGCACUUAGCCGUGUAGCGUGUAUGACUGUAUACUUCCUUUGUUAGCAUUGUAGCAUUAAAAAAAAAACACAGAUGGAAUACAAAACAGAAUCGACGCAUAACACAACUAAGCAACACAUUACAAGAAAAAUAUCCUAAGUAAUAUCCUGUGCAUUGAACAGGCCAAAAGGCAAGUUUAAGUUAAAAUAUAAUUCAGAAGAGUUAUGAGGGGACCAAAAUCCUACCAAACCCGAGAUUCAAAAAUAGAAGUUUCACACUUUAAUCACACAUUAACUUAGAAAGGGAAACACUAGGGAAAGCCCGGUGACUGUCAAAGAUAUGAUAAGCCCCGUGACUGAAGAUAGCAAUUUUUUGUGCAAGAAAGUUGAGGAAAACUACCAGCCACAAUAAAUAUGAUCAUGCUCCUCAAAUCAAAGUGCCAUCUUAACAACAGACUGCAUAGCUUAUCACAAAAUUUGCCCCAAUUCCUGGUCUCCCAGACCUCAUCUUCUGUACUUGCUGAUGAUUUAAACAGUUAAAAGAGUAAUCCGAUAAAUCCAGACAAACUAUGAGAGCCUUUAACAAAGAAAAUCCACUGUAUUACUGCAAGAAAAAGUGUUUUAUUGUCUUUCCACAGGCAAAACAAGAAGGUAAACAGUACCAUCCAGACAAAACUCCAGGUUCGGAGGACAAAUUUAAAGAAAUAAGUGCUGCAUAUGAGAUACUCUCAAAUAAAGAGAAGAGAGAAUUGUACGACCGUUUUGGUGAAGCAGGUUUGCAAGGAGAGUCGAUGGGUCCAAGCUUUGAUGCCCAAGAAGUGGACCCUUUUCAAGUCUUUGAUUCAAUAUUUGGUGAAGCAGAUGGAUUUUUUGGAGGUCGAGGCAUGGGUAGAAGCAAAAGCAAGCUUAAUCUUGAUAUCUGGUCUGAUCUUAAUUUGACCUUCGAAGAAGCAGUGUUUGGGGGAAAGCAAGAAAUUGAAGUUCCCUAUUUGGAGACAUGUGAUGUAUGUGGUGGUACAGGAGCUAAAUCGACCCAUUGCAUCAAAUCAUGUACCAAAUGUGGAGGCAGAGGAAGGGUUAUGAAAAGUCAGAGAACACCAUUUGGUGUAGUUUCUCAGGUGUCUACAUGUCUAAGUUGUGCAGGAGAUGGCAAGGUUGUGACAGAUAAUUGCACAAUGUGUGGUGGUCGAGGGAGCAUAAGAUCCAAGCGGACCUUUGAUGUAGAUAUCCCACCAGGUGUUGAUGAUGGGGCUACAAUGCAACUACGAGGAGAGGGUAACAUAGAUAGAAACAGGGGUAUUCGUGGAGAUCUGUACUUGGUACUCCAUAUUAAAAAAAAACAUGGAAUUUGGAGAGAAGGUCUCAAUCUAUUCUCUAGAGUCAAGAUAAGUUAUACUGAGGCGAUAUUGGGGACUGUGGUCAAGGUGGAAACUGUUGAGGGUUUGAAGGAACUUUAUAUUCCCUCUGGAAUUCAGCCUGGAGAUGUUGUAAAAUUACAAUCUUUGGGAGUUCCAAAACCUAAUGAGCGCUCUGGAAGGGGUGAUCAUGUGUUUAUUGUGGACAUUCAAAUCCCCAAAAGAAUCAGUGACAGAGAAAGGGAAUUGGUUGAAGAGUUGGCUUCUCUCCAGGCAUCUUCUGAAGAAUUCUCAACUUCUAUUGAUGAUAAUAGCAGACAGACUGUACACAAAUUAAACCAGAGAGGAAUUCCUGGGAGAUCAUUAUGGAAGUCAGUAGGACAAUUGUUUCGAAGAGAACGGCAGUCACGAACUGGUUUUUCAUCUGCAACUUUGGGAAUGACGUCCACAUUAUGCAACCGUGGCAAACUGAAUCCUCCAAUAUCAUUUUCGUGUUUUGCUGUAUUUUUGUUUACAUGUAUCUUUACUGUAGCAACUAGAUCUAGUAAUAGGAAAUCCAUCCAAACAAAUUCAACUACUCAAUUCACAGCAGCUAAUCCUGUUAAAAAGAAGCAUUGAAUGUACAAAUGUUUUGCUUUGCUACAUGUUGAUCUUUAUGGGAGGAGAGCCAGAAGUCCCUUUAUAUUA